AUGGGAACAGGAAAGCAAAGCAAGAAAAGAAAACACGUUGGCAUCAAGGACCACCAAAUACAUGAAGAUCUUGCAAAACAGAUAAAGGCGACUUGCGGAACAGAUAUGAAAGUCAACGCCGUGAAUGAGUCGGUGGAUGCCACAUCUCUAGAGGAGCUACCUGGAUGUGGCGAAUUUCUUUGCAUCGAGUGCAGCCGCUACUUUACUGAUGGGCACUCUUUGGACGAACACCGAAGAUCGAAAAUACACAAGCGAAGGCAUGCUAUUUCCACUUAUUAA